GUUCCAGCAGACAGGCACUGCAUACCUGCACUUAGCUGAUACUGGAUCAUUCCGUCUUUCAACUUCUCCCUGCACCUUUCCCAGUCUCUCGCUCUCUAAACCUCUGGACGUGUGUCUAGAUCCAGGUUUUAUUCUUAAAACAGCAGAUAUGCCACUCAAGGUGUUUAUUUCCAGUGUGAGCUGUUCCAUAGAGCUGAAGAAACGUCAGGAAAGAAUCUUCUCUAUCCUACAAUCCAAGAAGAUUCCUUUUGAAUGUGUGGACGUUACUCAAGACCCUGCAGACAGGGAUUUAAUGAGGAAGAUGGCAGGCGACCCGACUGCUCUGCCCCCUCAAAUAUGCAAUGGGGAUGUCUACUGUGGGGAUUAUACUGCAUUCGACAAUGCAAUUGAGAUGGAAGAAUUAGAGGUCUUUCUCAAACUCUAAAAGGAAAGCAACAGACCAGUCAUGUGAAAACUCAUCCACAGCAACAUGUCCAUGAACACGUUUUCUGUUUUAUUCUUUUGAUUUGGUCGUCAUAGACGUUUUAUUCAUAGUCGAUGAAGAACUUAAAGAAGUGCUAAUUUGGAUUAGUGCAGGUGCUUUUCUAACCUUCUCUUUCAGACAUAUCAGAGUUGUUGGAAUUGCUCAUUGGAACAGUCUGUAAAAGUGAAAUAAAUUUUUUUU